GUGACACUUCAAGUUAGCAUGCGGAUCGGUCCAUCAAUGUACUGCUCUCUCAGGCUACCUAAGCCCCCAUGCACAGCCACAACGCAUCCCCCACAACUCUCAAUCAGCUUUCACCCUCUUGUCGGCAGGGUCGUAGGUCGGCAAACCCAGGAAAGCUCGGGGGUCGUCAAUCUCGGCCUCCUCUGCCCGCCUCUCUCUCUCGGCCUUCAGCCUCGCUCUCAUCUUCUCCUUGCCCAGCACCAGAGCCAUGAUCCACCCGGGCAUUCGAAACAGCUCAAUCAGCCGGUCAAGCGUGGUCAGGUCGACCAGCGACGUCGACUGGAUGAUGUCUUGUGCGUGCUCCUCAAUAUACGGCCCCUUGAGGGCCGCUAGCAGGCUCGUCGCCACGAUGGCGGCGUUGACCCCGCCCCGGUACUGGAAGAGCCACAGCGGCAUGCUCUGCGUCUGAACCAUGAGGUAGUCCAGGCCGGUCACCACCAACGCACUCCCCGCCGUGGCAAUGUAGGUCUUCCAAGGGUUGUAGUCGGCCCCGAUGAGCACGCCGACUCCCAUGGCCAUGGGAACAACGCCGAUGCACAGCCGCGGCCAGCCGUAGAAGAAGGAGCGGCGCGACCCGUAUCGGGCGAUCUCCGCGCCGAAGUAGGAUGCGCCCCAGAGGGAGAGCAGCAGGCCGCACACCUUGACGUGGUAGUUCAUGAUCAUGUCCCACUUGUAGGGCGACUCGAUCAGCAGAUAGGCGAAACCGAACAGGCCCACAGCCCAGCCGAGCGUCCAGCACACGAACCUGCCCGCACGGGGGGCCUGGUUCUUCUCAUCGUAGGCGUAGAAGCGCUCGAUCGUCAUCUUUAUCGAGUUGUCGAGCUCUUCGGCAAGCUGCAGGGACACCUUGAAGGAGGGGGGGACGGGGCGGGGGACGUACAGCUUCACAUAGCUGCCCAGAGUGGUCACAUGCGGCACCUGCUGAGAAGCGGGGGUCUGCGCAAACGCACUGCCGCUUCUGGCUCCUCCUGACGGUGGCGGCUGUGCUGGUUGGCGGGAGAGUGGGUCCUCUCUUGACGGCUGCUGAGAGCGUUGUUGCUGCUGCUGCAUCGAUGGUGUGAAGGACGGUGCUGCGGCGGCCGAUGAGUGAUGCCGGCAUUGGAUCUUCGUCGAGAGCUUCCGGUGCUGAGGCCGAAGAAGCAGUGGCCGAUGCAUCACAACGACCCGGUAAGCCAUUUGCAUUCACCGAAAUGCCGCCUUUCUCUCUCCGAAACUAGGAGAUCUUCGUUCCUGCUGACAAAGGCAGAGAUGUUGAUUGCUUCUGUUGCUCGUCCUCUGGUGGUGGUUAAGGGGAAGAUUUCG